AUGUUCACUCAGCUGGUCGCCUUGACGCUUGGCGCCUUGUCGUUCGCCACUGCAUCUGAUUCCCACGCGCAGGGCUUCAACAACGGUCCCAGAUCCGGGACCUACGAAAUAACCACACCGAAGUUUGGUGCCUCUCUUCUGCACUCGUACCAGAUCGGGAACCCGCUCGUCCUGAGCCGUGCUUUGCUAUUCCCGGGACCUUACGGCCAGUACGAGCUGGACGUCGCCAACGACAACACAAUCCGCCUGACCCAUCGCGGACACAACACUGCAGUAGUGGUCGAUGAGGACCAGUUCAUUUCAACGGCAGCCAAGUCUACUCCACAUGAGUUUGUCCUUCGAGCCGGUGACGAUGAGGGCCAUUACGUUGUUCAGUCAAACCAAGGUCGCACGCGCGGCCUUGUUUGGACACUCAACCCAGGUGACACGAACCUCAUGUCCCGCGUUGUCUUGGCCCCAUUCAGGGGUCUGCCGUCCCAGUACUUCCGGUUUUCGGCCGUCAGAGGGUAUGUGGUUGGUCUGGAGCAUCUCCCUGCCACCGGUCUGCGUGCUCCCGACGCUUCCACAUUGUCCAACGUCGGCCCUGUCCCUUCUGGAACCUACCGUAUCAUCGAUGGUCGCUUCGGUGGCCUCGUGCGCAGCUACAACGUCGGGCAGACCGCGUACACGACGAUCGGGCGGGACUUCCCCGGGGACUUUGGCGCGUGGAAAGUUUUCGGGAACGACAUCAUGGGCUACACCAUCGUCAACGCUGGGCAUCAACUCCCAUUAGUGCUGACUGAUUCCAUGAACCUCGCGCCUAUCCCAGGCCGCAUGCCUGCUCGAUUCCGGUUUAUCUCCCGCAGCCAGGGACGCGUCUCUGUCGCCUUGAUGGACGGUGAAGGGGUUUGGGGCUUGGACUCGAGCAAUGGCCCUAUUCAUGCCCCGAUUGAGAUUCAAUCCGAGAAGCGCGGUGAAAUCACGCAGGAGUUCACGUUCGCCCCGAUCGACAACAUGUUGUGAGCCCUUCGACAAUGCAACGGAUCGUCUAUGUAAGAGUGGAGCGCUUGCACAUUCCAAGCUGUUGGUCAAACGAAUGCGUAAAUGAAUCUUGUUUUGAGAUAGCCGUGUUUCUAUCAUCGAUCUUUUAACUGGAAGUGUGAUGAGGUGGCGGA